CCCUCACCCUCUCAUCAAACCCUAAUUCAUUCUUAUCUUCUCUAAUUCAUCUCCACAAAGCAAUGGCCUCCCAAACCAUCGAAAGCCACCGCCAAGGUGCCGAGAUCCACCACGGCGACGCCGUCUGCAAGAAAAAGAUCUCCGAGUUCCUCACCGAGCUCGGUCUCCCCAACGGUCUUUUCCCUUUGGAUGACAUUGAAGAGUUUGGUUAUAACCGUUCCGCGGGAUUCAUUUGGAUAAUUCAAAAGAAGAAGAAGGAACACAACUUCAAGAAGAUCAAACAAGUGGUGUCCUAUGCCACCGAGGUCACCGCCAUGGUCGAAAAGGGGAAAAUGACAAAGAUCACUGGAGUUAAGACCAGAGAGCUUCUUCUUUGGCUCUCGGUUAUCGAUAUGUACAUCGAGGACCCUUCGUCGGGAAAGCUCACCUUCAAGACCGGCACCGGCCUCUCCGAUAGUUUUCCGCUUGCUGCUUUUGAGCUUGAGUGAAAACCCUAAUUAAGAAGAUACCAAGAUGAGUUCUUGAUAUCUUUACCACCUUGCAUGCAUGGAUAUAUAUAAUAUAUGUGUGUGUGUGUUAUGUGUUUGUUGUAUGCUUGUUGUAAUACUCGUGUUAGUUUUCACUAUGUAUUUGUGGCAAAUAAGAUUUGAAUAACAGAUGAAUUAAUCAAUGCAAAGUUUGGUUAUGAUUUAAUGAAAGAGUACUUCUUGAUACA